CUUCAGUACUGCUCCAGUCGAACACAACAAGCGGCAGUAGCUACCUGACAGUGUUAAGAGGUGUGUGCGCGUUACUUAGGUUAAUAUUGUCCAUCUUUCUGGUUAACUAAGUCAUGUCUCGGACAUCAACAACACGGGAGAACGAACUAAGCAAUGAAGAUGAUCUAGGCGUACCAGGUCCGGUCGCUGUAUCUCGGAGCACUGACCGUCGCUAUAGCGAGGUCGUCAGAGAAUAUAUGAAGAGGCAGAAACUGCAAGGGAAUGUGAGUAAUGAAAGUGUCGAGCCGGCGGAGCUGGUUACUCACCUGGCAGAUCAAGCCGGCCCCAACGAAACCACCUACAUCAGUUGGGACCAUCCAGACACUCCGAGGACCAUGAGAACUUCGGAAAUACCUGAUCCCAACCCGUCGCUGACACCGCAGUUAACUGCAUCGGGGAAAGAUUCCGAGAAAUCUCUCUACCUGAGUGUUAAGGGAAGUCCAAAAGAUGAUUCUCCUGCAGGAUAUUCCUUCUCCAUCCCUCCUAAAAGUGCCACGAGGUCUCAGAAGUCUUCCUCGGCACAAACAGAUAAGUUUAGUUCACCAUUUUCACAAGUUUCUGUUUCUUCUAAUGGCCAGGAUUCAAGUUCUUACCACAGUGUGUCUCCAAAAACGGACAUGAAAACCUUCAAAACGCCUCCAAAACAUCCUGAUCAACAUUCACCUGAGAAUGCAGCGCAGUUAUCUGCUGGAGGCAACCACAAGAUUAACCAUCCAUCUCCACCAGUGAAAUCUCCACCAGUGAAAUCUCCUCCAGUGAAAUCAACCAAUCCAUUCAGUGGUUAUCCUACAACUAAUCCCUUCCGUGGGACUACGAAGGAAAGCAACUCAGGUGAUCAGGUCGACCAUCCUACGGGUCUCCUUGAGAUGCUAAACAUACCCACGAGUCCGUGUAAGACCCCGGCCAUCAAGAUAACUUCUGUCGGUGGGUCAUACAGAGACCUCGAUAACGAGUGUGCGGGUCAGCAGAAGUUAUUCCUUGGGAAACGCAAGACAGUGACACCAGAGGACACUGAUCACAGGCUGAGUUCGGCGCUUCCACCUCGAGGCUUGAAGGACGGAUGUGAUAUCCUUAAUGCCACGCCCCUCAAUCUAUUAACUACAGACGUCAAAGAUCCUUUUCUAACACACACGUUGGUGACUGAGGGCGGCAAGAGUCAACGGGAAGUUUGGGUUACUCCAUCUGAAAGAAACUCUAGCAAGAACGAUAGGAAGUGUUCUGAGACUACUCCAUAUGGCAGACCACUGGCCUUAAAUUUUGAAGAAAUGUCUGGGCGGGACUCCGAGGCCAGGUUAGUCAAGGUCAUGUUCAUCUAGAAUACCAAGUAAUAUAACCUAGAUACCUGUUAAGUGGUCUAGCUAGAACCCUUGUGCAAUAUUUACACACCAUGUCAAGUGGUCUAGCAAGAACCCUUCUGCAAUAUUUACACACCAUGUCAAGUGGUCUAGCAAGAACCCUUCUGCAAUAUUUACACACCAUGUCAAGUGGUCUAGCAAGAACCCUUCUGCAAUAUUUACACACCAUGUCAAGUGGUCUAGCAAGGACCCUUCUGCAAUAUUUACACACCAUAUCAAGUGGCCUAGCAAGGACCCUUCUGCAAUAUUUACACACCAUAUCAAGUGGCCUAGCAAGGACCCUUGCCAAGUGCUAUCUGUACCCUUACACAAAGCAAUUUGAGAGUAAAGGAUCGUAAUUAAAAUUUGCAUGUUCCUGAAUUUAAGCAGCUCUGAAGAGCUAUAACAGAU